AUGGGGAACCGGGAGAUGGAAGAACUGAUCCCUCUGGUGAACCGUCUGCAGGACGCUUUCUCGGCUCUGGGACAGAGCUGUCUGCUGGAGCUGCCACAGAUCGCCGUGGUGGGCGGCCAGAGCGCCGGCAAGAGCUCAGUGCUCGAGAACUUCGUGGGCAGGGACUUUCUUCCUCGAGGCUCGGGCAUUGUGACCAGACGACCUCUUGUACUCCAGCUUGUCACCUCUAAAGCAGAAUAUGCCGAGUUUCUACAUUGCAAAGGAAAAAAAUUUACAGAUUUUGAUGAAGUUCGCCACGAGAUCGAAGCAGAAACGGACCGAGUAACAGGAAUGAAUAAAGGCAUCUCCUCUGUACCCAUUAACCUUCGAGUCUACUCUCCCCACGUGUUAAACCUAACGCUAAUCGACCUACCUGGAAUAACGAAAGUGCCCGUGGGAGACCAGCCGCCAGAUAUUGAGUAUCAGAUCAGAGAUAUGAUUAUGCAGUUCAUCACCAGGGAGAACUGUCUGAUUUUGGCUGUCACACCAGCCAACACCGAUCUUGCGAACUCAGAUGCCCUGAAGCUAGCCAAAGAAGUCGAUCCUCAAGGCCUGAGGACCAUUGGCGUUAUCACCAAGCUGGAUCUCAUGGAUGAAGGGACGGAUGCCAGGGAUGUACUAGAGAACAAGCUGCUACCUCUCCGCAGGGGCUAUGUGGGGGUGGUCAACCGAAGCCAGAAGGACAUAGAUGGAAAGAAGGACAUUAAGGCAGCUAUGCUGGCAGAAAGGAAAUUUUUUCUCUCUCAUCCAGCAUAUAGACACAUUGCUGAUCGGAUGGGGACCCCACACCUCCAGAAGGUCCUGAAUCAGCAACUUACCAACCAUAUCCGAGAUACCCUGCCCAACUUCAGGAACAAGCUACAGGGGCAGCUGCUCUCCAUAGAACAUGAAGUAGAAGCCUUCAAAAACUUCAAACCGGAAGACCCCACAAGGAAGACCAAAGCACUGCUACAGAUGGUCCAACAGUUCGCUGUGGACUUUGAGAAGAGAAUCGAAGGGUCGGGGGAUCAAGUAGACACGUUAGAGCUCUCUGGCGGUGCUAAGAUCAAUCGCAUUUUCCACGAACGCUUUCCUUUUGAGAUAGUGAAGAUGGAGUUCAAUGAGAAAGAACUGAGAAGAGAAAUAAGCUAUGCAAUCAAAAACAUACACGGGAUCAGGACAGGGUUGUUUACUCCAGACAUGGCGUUUGAGGCAAUAGUCAAAAAACAGAUAGUAAAACUGAAAGGGCCUUCUUUGAAGAGUGUGGACCUGGUGAUGCAGGAACUGAUCAACACGGUGAAGAAGUGCACCAAGAGGCUGGCCAACUUCCCCAGACUUUGUGAAGAAACAGAAAGGAUUGUUGCUAACCACAUCCGUGAGCGAGAAGGAAAGACCAAGGACCAGGUCCUGCUACUGAUUGACAUUCAAGUCUCUUACAUUAACACCAACCAUGAGGACUUCAUCGGCUUUGCAAAUGCUCAGCAGAGAAGCAGUCAGGUUCACAAGAAAAGCACAAUUGGAAAUCAGGGAACCAAUCUUCCGCCUUCAAGGCAAAUUGUGAUUCGGAAGGGCUGGCUGACCGUCAGCAACAUUGGCAUCAUGAAAGGAGGCUCGAAGGGCUACUGGUUUGUCCUCACGGCAGAAAGCUUGUCCUGGUAUAAAGACGAUGAGGAGAAAGAAAAGAAGUAUAUGCUUCCACUGGACAACCUGAAAGUCCGGGACGUGGAGAAAGGCUUCAUGUCCAGCAAGCACGUCUUCGCACUCUUCAACACAGAACAAAGGAAUGUCUACAAAGACUAUCGUUCCCUGGAGCUGGCCUGUGAUUCCCAGGAGGAUGUGGACAGCUGGAAGGCGUCUCUGCUCAGAGCUGGCGUCUAUCCAGACAAGUCUUUUGGGAGCAACAAAGUAAGUCCUCUGCCCCGUUGCAGCUCUUUGUCUCUCCUGUCUCCCAGCCCCUACUCCUGCAUGCCUCUUGACAAGCGUGAUUCUCUGCAUGUUGGGAUGGCCACCCUCUACUGGCCACUACAUGGCCACUGAGGCUGCUCUGCUUUGGCCUUUUGGGAGGGAAAUAAGUUACGUUUUCAGAGGUGGUUAUGGGACAUGUCAAAGGGGUCGCUCAAAAGAAAAAGACCAACUCCAAGAGCAAAGGAAUGGUGAGGAUUUGUCACCAAAGGCUUUGCCAGACUGAUAGAUCUCAGUGCAGCCGAAGAGUUGACCCCAAACCAAAGCUCGCACAGUUAUAAAAACCUCAAACUGGAGCCUUAAAGGGCAGUGUGGCACGCUUUGUUGGCAAAACUGAACUAGAUUCGUGCACUGGCUUUGAAGGGGCCUUAAAAUGGAGGAGGAGGGUGGGGUCACCAUUUGACUUGGCUCCUGUAUCCUUAAUGAGUUCCAGCUGUGUGGAAGUGGCAGCCUGUGGGGAGGUUGAGGGGAGACUGAGCCGGCCGUAUGACCGGCAACACACAUGGACGGCCCAAGUUGUUUUAAUGUUCUUGCUACAAUAGAUAAGUGAGAAAUUGCUGCUUCACUGGGGUUGCUAGUUUGGUUAAAUAAUUUUCAUGUAACUUUCCCAAAAGCUUCAUGCUACUUCCCAUUUACUUAGAAGUAUAAGUAUAAUAUAGUUGGGGAAAGUAGCCUUGUAGGCAGGCUGAUUUUCUUUUAAUUGUUGUUUUGGGGUUUCUUGUUUUGUGCUGCUUUUCCGUCAUGUAACGGUCGUUUAUCCUACCAGGUGGCCCACUUGAAAUGGGCCUCAGUGGAUACAAUAAGAAUUGAAAGGGAUCUGUUAUAUAAGGGUUGGCCUGCAUAUCCAAAGCAGCUGGAAUUCAUCAAAAUUGCUAUUCAUAAGCCAUAUGUAUAGAAUGUAAAACAAAUGUGGGAAAUAUUUCGCAGUUUAAUUUGAUGGAAUGUGUUAUUAUGGAGUAAAUUGACAUAGAUGGCUGGUACUAAAAAAUGUGUCACUUCAUAAAUUUAUCCUCUGAUAUAACUGCUCACAACCCAGGCAAUGCUGUUUAAUAAAGUUAAAAUAUUGCCAGAAAUGUACAAAAUCAGCAUCUGCAAAGAAGGAAAGAGGUGAAGUCACAUGAUUCGUAGUGCACUUUUAAAAGGAAAUAGCAGGUAACUUUAAAAGAAAUUAAAGGCUUCUCCCACAAAGUGAAAGAUAGUAUUUCUAACUAAUACCACGACUCUUAGGGACAAUGACAAAGUGUGAAACUCUUGUUUUAAUUCUUCUACUAUUUCAGUUCUUGAAUUAUAAGUAUUUUCUUCUGCUCAUUUGUAUCUCAGUAGAUCUCUGACCAGGACUUCACAUGUUGUACAUGUUACUUGAUAAUAAAACAACCAACCAUCCAUCUGACCAGUUAGCUGUGGGUUAACUGUGCAUUAACUGUGGGUACACUACUAGGGAGCCAGCUGCUGACAUUUGGAGAGUGCUAACUCUGCUCACUAAAGGAGCAUCCAUGCUUAUCUCUUUCUCAAGCAGUUCAUGCAGGCUUAAGUGUUUAUAAAAUCACACACACGAACACACACACACACACACACACACACACACAUACACAUAUACAUACACACAUACACACAUAUAUACAUACACAUACAUACAUAUACAUAUACAUAUAUACAUACAAAUACAUAUAUACAUAUAUACAUACACACACACACACACACACACACACACACACACCAUGGCAAGAGUCACCCAUUUGUCAUGUCUCAUUUCAAGAAGCCUUUUUGGACUAUGGAUGCUACAGUGGAUAUAGUUUGCUGUUUCUUUAACUCAUUUAAAUGAAGAGAAUGAGAAAAUAUAAAAAAAAAAAUUGGGCUGGGGUGGGGUAGCUCAGACUGUAAAAUGCUUGUCUUGCAGGCACAAAGACCUGAGUUCAAUUCCCAGAACCUGUGUAAAAAGUUGGACAUGGUGUUAUUUGUAAUCCCAGCACUAGGGACAUAGAGACAGGUAGAUCCCUGGGGCUCUUUGGCCAGGAACCUAGUUUACCUGUUGAAAACAGGCUAAUGAGAGGCUCUGUCUCAAAAACUAAAAUGAAUGGCACCUGAGGAAUUAUGUUUGAAGUUGUCCUUUGACUUCCUCAUGUAUACAUGUACAUGUACAUAUGCUCCCUGCACACAUACAUACAUACACACAUAUCCACACACAUGUACACAUAUAGUCCAACACACACACACACACACACACACACACACACCUCAAAAAUUGUAAACCAUUGUUCACUAAACCUUCUAGAAUAGGGCUGAAGCCCCUGCCCAGGGCCUCCACAGUCAACCGCAUACAGCAUGAAUAUCUGGUAAAUAGUGUGGGGGAAGCUGGUUGAAAGUAAGUCUCUCAAAAACACAGGUGCUCACUGCUUUUAUUUGUAAUCGAAGGAUGGAUGUUUCAGUGGGGUUGGUCUUUAUUACCCCAUGCCUUAUUUUUUAAUUAUUUAUACUGUGCAUAAGUGAUAGUUUAUGAAAAAUACACCAAUACUUUUAAAAUGCAGUCAUCCUCCUGACCAUAGACUCUGGCACGGGAGUCUCUCGAAUCACAAGCGGCACAUCUGUAUGCUAUUUUCCUGGAGCUUAGAAUUUCAGAGUAAAUGGAAAACACUGCAACCCAAGCUGUGCUGUCUCCAGAGUAUAGAUCUGGAUUCUUUAGAAGGAGAAUGUGAAUCUGUCUUUUCCCCUUCUCAUGUUGGAACGACUGCUCUGAGUUGUCCCUGAGGCAACAUACCUGCCAUAUAGGAGAGCCAGCUGUGAAGUGUGGCUCAUUUCAGAUGGGAGAAGGCUGACUGUUUACUGAGCGCAUGACAUUUUAGUACUGGGGAUGUUAACCAGAUCCUAAGGAAAGCAAACUGUUUAAUGAACUCUCUUUAGGAGUACAAUGAACUCUCCUCCCUACACACAGUAAGUGUAGCACAUACCCACAUCCAUGCCCACAUGGAAUCCCCCACAUACCCACAUAGAAUCCCCCACAUGCCCACAUAGAAUCCCCCACAUGCCCACACAUAACCCAGGGUGUUUGGAACAGCCCUGGCGCUUGUUUUCUUGGUGACAGGUUUGCCUCAUCCGUCUUUCAUUUAUGCUUACAGUUUGGGAGCUCAUCCUCCAUACUGCAUCCGUAUGUAGAGCACCAGUUCCCAUGAGAGAAGCACAUACAGCUUACAUUAUGGGCAUGUGAUAGAAUGGAACAGUGACCCUUAACUCCUCAUUGGAUAGUCAUCACUACUUCUCCUGGAAAGCAUAAUUUUCCUUUUGUCAGAAAGUCACAGUUACUCUGAAGGAAGAAAAAAACCUAAUUUUUUUGAGUAUUACUUAGUUUCCCUUUGGAAAAUAUUCAUCUUUGGCACACUGAUAUUCUAAGUUGCUCAUGGUAGAGUCUCUUUCCCCUUAGACAAGUUCCUCAUGACCACAGGAGUUCAUGUCUUCAUCAGGAAGGCCAGAAUCCAGGCCCUGAGUCAGCUUGGGGAAUGUGGACAGACAGCAGGUAGCCCAUGAGAAAGGUUAAAAGAGCUUGUUUUGGGUUUGUUCAACUUGUUUGUUUACUGAAUAGAAAUUAUCAACCAGAAAUACCAUCUGCAAACCUGAGGUCUUCUGGUAAAAUUGAGUCUCCAUGCUCAGUCCUAGAGAAAAGACAUUUAAUUUCCCACAUAAUUUAAUUUCUCUCUGAAAGGACAGUUCUAUAGAUUUAGUAAACUUUAAAUAUUAUUUCUCUAUCAAAGAGUUUGGCUAAUCUUUGUUAAAUUUGGAGAAUUCAAGGUAGAAAAAAUUUAAAUGUAAGAAAUAAAACAUAACAAAUUGUGAGUGAUUUUUUAAAUGAUAUUGGUGCAAAAAUCAAAUGGAAAUGUAGAGAAUUCUAGACCCAAUAUUAAUGCUUCUAAAAGUUUUACAUUGUAGGAAAACAUUUAUUACCCUUUGGAAGAAAAAAUAAUAACUUCAGUUUUAUUUAACUUCAGUCUCUUUAAAUUAAAGGAGCCUUAUAUUUCCCCAGGAGGAGCACAGGAUUGAUCACAUUUCAUAUGAAAAGGAGAAAUUGAAUAAUAUAUUUCAAAAUCAGAAUUCUAUGUGUGUAGUAUCUGUACAGAGGUCUAGCACAGUGAAAGGCAGUAACUUCCCACACACUAAAGAGCCUUGAUGUGUAAGAAAAGGAAGGAAGGAGAGUGAGAGCUAAGCACCUGCUUUUCUUCACGUUUAACAACGCCUGGUCCAGUGAUUCCCCGGAUGCUCUCAGCAAGUCUGGUGGAAUGAGCAGCUCCAGUCAAGGGGGAAAGUGGUUAUCCAUCAGGUUACCUACCUAUUUGGUAAAACUGGUUUCUACUGGUCAUGAUAGAAUUCUCCAGGAAUGGCACCAAGAUGUAUAUUGAAGAGCAUAGAUGUCGAAAUCAAGCUGGUUCACUUUACCUUAUGAGAGGCCGUUAGCUCCUUAUUGUUGUUUCUACCACCAGUGAGAGAUCAUUGGUAGCCACUGAAACUCCAUCCUCACGACCUAGUGGUGUCGUCUUGACAGUGUGUGUUAUAUUUAUUGGUUGACUGAAGGAGCCAAGAGGAUGGCUGGAAGAACACUCUGAGCUGCUUAGAGAACACCUUCCUCCAUUGAAAUUUUUUUUUAAGUAAUGUGUAUGAUUUCCCUAGUUUUCUAAGGAGCUUGAUAAUGUAUUCCCUUGGGAUUUCCAGAGAGCAUCCAUCUGGUUGACUAGCUUUAUGCCUAAGCCAAUAAGAAUAGCAUUAACUUAAGGGAAGGGAUGAAAACCCAGUAGUCUCUAAGUGUUACUCCAGUUCUAUGUAACUGUGACAACCCAUCAUCUCUCAAAGCACUGCAACACCACAAAACGUUUUGUUUUCGUUUGGCCAAAUGAUAUUAGAAGAAAAUUAUCAAUGCCUAGGGUAUGAGUUCACCACCGUUAAUCAUAACCAGUUGGAGGAGGGGACAGUCCAGUUGGGGCUAGAAUACUUUGAGACGUGAUUUAGAUUUUUUUUAUUAUGUUCCUGAAUGUUUUGAUCUUGUCAAAUAGACUAUAUUUGAGUUAUAUAAGACAGGACAUUGUUGAAGAACUUAGACAACAUCAGCUGCCAUCCUCAGAAAUGCUGUUCUCCUUUUGGGUGGGGUCUUUCGCUGGCUUGGAGCUCACCAUCUGGGUCAGGCAGGUUGGUCAGCAAGCUUCAGGGAACCUUUCGUCUAAGAAAGAAGGUAGUGGGUGAUGAGGCGGGCUUCUGAGGGGUCGGUAGGUCAUAUUGUUGUAUUUUCAUUUUCUCUGAUGUGUUCAAGUUAAAAUGACUUCUCUCUAGUGAAUGAAAAUUCAUGUUUCAGACAUCAGAGCUGUUUUGACAUGUUUUUCUCUCUUUGGUAUGAUUCAUGGUAGUUUUUGAAUGGGAUGCUUUAACCCUUCUCAAAGCAUAAAAGUAUCUUUUUUCCCUAGUAGACCCAGGGAUUUAACACAGGUUCUAGAUGUGUGAGAGAAGCACCAUGCCAUUGAGAUACACCUCCAUCCAAAAGGCAGUUCUUUACACCCAUUUUGAAAGCAUUUUAUCAUUGGCCAUGAAUUUGGGGCUAACACUGUGAAGAGCAUUCUUUUUGAACUUAGAAAAUAGGAAUUUAUAUUUCUGGCUGAUUUACCUUAGUGAGGUUAUUACAGAAUGCAGUAAUCACACAGCACCACUAUAGUAGUCAGAGUUCAAAACCUUUCCCACUGUCUUUGCUCAUCCUCUGGACAAAAAAAGAGAGGUACAAUUGGUAUAAUAAUUUUGAUUCAAAAUACAUAUAACUCAAUCCCUUAUAUCUUCAAAUUCAGUUACCUAUGGCAACAGCAACCUAAAAAUAGUAAGUGGAAGAUUCUAGAAAUAAGUAAUUUCCUUCUAUAUAGCAAGAUAAAACAGAGUAGCAGCAGGCUCUUCUGCCUGGUGCAUAAGUCACUACUUUAUCCAAUGUAUCCACUGGAUACAUACAGUAUAUCCACACUAUGUAUGCUGACUUCCUGUUAGUUACUUACUAGCCACCCAGUUUAUCAGAUUAUCUGACAUUUUAUUGCAAAGUGUGUUCAAGUAUAAGAAUGAUAAUACCCACAAUUCAGGUAUGCCAAAGGAAAGUUAUAAAAUGCUUCAUUUACGUGCAAAAAGGUUGGUCUGGGGAGACAGUUCAGUUGGUAGGGUGUUUGCCACCAAGCAUAGGACCUGAAUUUGAUCCCCAAAAUCCAAAGAGAAAAUCCAGGCAUGAGUUUGUCUGUUGGCAAUCCCAGUGUUAGGAAGGAGGAUGAAAGGUUCCCUGUAGCUUGCUGACCAAACCACAAAAUGAUGAGUUCUAAGCCAGAGAAAGAUCCCAUCCAAAAGGAGAGCAGCAUUUCUGAGGAUGGCAGCUGAUGUUGUCUCUGGCGUCCACACACAAACGUAUGAGUGUGUCCACAUGGGCACAAUUAGAGGCUGUGAGAGACCACCUCACCUGCACAUAUCUUUCAGUAAGGUAUUUCGUUAUAGUGGCUCUACCCUCUCAUUGGUUUGCUAGUGACUCACUGUGUAUACUUCAUAGUUUAUCCUGGGUCUGUAUGCAUUGGAGAAUAAGUACAGGCAUAGGGCUUCAUACUCUCCAAAGCCUGCAUUCACUGAAAUUCCUGAAAAAUAUCCUCUUCAGAGAAUAAGAUUCUAAGGUGUAUAGAUACUGUAUAUCUAAUAAACCACUGGACACUAGAGGUAGCAGAUGUUCCUUUUGAUUUUUUGAAACACAGUUUCUCUGGGUAGCUCAGGCUGUCUUGGAACUCACUCUGUAAAACAGGCCAGCCUCGAACUCACAGAGAUCUGCCUGCCUCUGCCUCCCGAGUGCUGGGAUAAGUGGUGUGCACCUUCACUGCCUGGCUCACGGAAGGUGUUCUUUAGAAAUAAUAUAGGUUCACUCCCAAACCCCUGCAAUAAAACAUACAUCAAAAUAAGAGGAGUUGCAUACACCUUUUGGUUUCCCCAUACAUACAAACUUUACAUCUCUACUAGACUAUAGUCUAUUAAGUAUGUAAUAGCAUUCUGUGUAAACAGUAUAUACUGAGGCUUGAUGACUCUAUGAUUAGGAGCACUUGAUGUUAUCAGUUUCCAGAACUCCAUUAGGAGCUCACAACUCCAGUUCCAGUGGAUCUGACCUCCACAAUCACAUGCAAGGCACAUGGCACAUAAGGACAUGCAAGGCACAUGGCACAUACCUGCGAGGCACAUGCACAUAUGGACAGGCAAACAAGCACCCACACAUGCACAUAAAAUAAGUCUUUUUGAAUUAACUUAAAAAUUUAAAUUUUUAAAUUUUUUAAACUUAAUUUUAAAUCUGCCUUUUGCUAAGAAUAGUAACAAUCUGAACUGCUGAUAUAAUGAAGCCAAAGACUUGAUCAACACAGGAUUGUAUCAAACCUUCGGUUUUUAAGAUGUUCAAAAGGUGAAGUAAAACUGUCUAGCAGAUUUUAAAUGUAAAUAACCUAUCUACCGGCAUGAGAAAUACACACCAAAAUGUAUGCAAACAGAGAUGAGGACUCAUCACAACACUGUUUGAAGUAUAACACGGAUGAAAAUAAGAGGCAGGAACUAUGGCAGGAUGUAACCAUAUCACUAGGGAGAGAAAGCCAGAGUGAGUACAAGGAUUACCUUUAAUAAAGGACAGCAACUAAAAACUUCAGGAAAGGAGGAGGGUGAAGAGAUGGUUCAGUGGUUAAGAGAGCACUGGCUUUUCCUUCAGAGAAUGUAAUACUUUGAUUCCCAAAUACUCACAUGGUGUUCACAACUCUCCAUAACCCUACUUUCCAGAGAAUGUGAGACCCUCUUUUGACCUCCGCAGGUACCAGGCAUGCAUAUGGUGCACAGACAUACAUGGUUGUAAAACACUCAUACACAUAAGUAAGUCUUCACAAGAGAGAACGAAGCAACUUUGGGAAAGGAAAUAAGUUAAUAUAAAGGAAAAAAAUCAUACAUUUAGAAAUAAUGAAAAUAUAAGUUCUUAUAUGUAUACAUGUACGAAGGAAAAAAGACAAUUAAAAGGUAAAAAAGCAAGUAGUAAACUAUUUGUAGCAUACAUGAGAGUUAAAUAUCCUGAAUUAUUUCUUUUCAAUUUAUUUUAAAAUAAAGAGGAUACUUUUAAUAAUAAAAUCAUACUCUCCAGGAAAAAGAAAAUUUAGUCAAAUCAAUAGAAUGUUCACUUGGGGCCAGUAAUAAAAUAACCACUAUAUGUAGGGUUCAAACAACUUUUUCCAACCAAGAAUUGUGUGUUUAAAUGGUCAGAUAUCAACACUGAGCUUUCAGGUUUGAAGGUACUGGAAGGAAUGGUGUGUCAGCUACCUUUCUAUCAACUCGACACAGCUGGAGUCAUUGAAUAGAAGGGAGCCCCAGUUAAGAAAAUACCUCCAUAAGAUUUGGCUGUCGACAGGGCCUAUAUAUGUAUUCUCUUAAUUAGUGACAUAGGAAAGCCCAGCCCAUUGUUGGGAGGGCCACCCAUGGGCUGGUGGUCCUGGGUUCUAUAGGAAAGCAGGCUGAGCAAGCCAGGGGUCAGCAUUCCUCCAUGACCUCUGCAGCAGCCCCUUCCUCCAGGUCCUUGCCCUGCUUUGAGUUUCCCCUCAUAUUUCCUUCAAUGGUAAACUACAGUGAGAAGCCACAUAGGCCCUUUCCUCUCCAACUUGUUUUUGGUCAUGGUGUUUCAACACAGCAACACUAACCCUAAGACAGAUGGUCUUGACAGCUGGUGAGGAAGCAGGUGUCCCGGUGUCCUUCCUGAGGCAGACUGGAUAGUCUGCCUGGAAGCCAGUUCGUGAUGCAUGCUAAAUGCUGGGAUUAGGCUUUAGACCUUCGUGGCCAGCUCUGCCUCUCCUAAACAUUUAUUAUUUUUAUGAUUUUUUUCCAAUAUUUCUCUCAAAGAACGUGUCUGAAACUCUUUUGCCACAUUGUUCACAAUCACCAGUGUUUAAAAAAAAACACCAAUGGCCCUCAAAGAUAAUUGGUUACAUAGAAUGCUGGGAAGUAAAUUAAAAUGUAUAUGUAUGCAGAAAUGUAGUUUUUUUUUUUUCACAAGAAAUAAGAGAACUAAAGAUGUGCUCCUGAAAAACACAAGUCUCCUUUGCUUUGAACUCUUUAGAUGGGUUGAAUGUGUUUGUGUACAGAAAUUGAGAAGCUAUUUCAUUAGGGUUCACCCCCGCCACCCUUUGAAACGGUUUCUCCAUCUAGCUCCGGCUAUCCUCAAUGUUUACUCAUGUGUCACGUUCUCAUUUUCCUGUGAUAACUGCCUUUUGCACAACUUUUAAAGGUUUUUAAAAAGGCAUAAACAAAUGUAAAUGGGUGUUAUUUAAAUGGAGGCUGGUGAGGAGAAAUAAAAAUAUUUUUUAAAACCGAAUAUCCAGGAAGGAAAAUAUGUAACACAAGAAUUCAAGUUCUUAAGAAAAUAGACUGUCUAGAGGAAGUCGAAGAUGACUGUGGGAAACGAAAUCGAAGUCAAGAUACCAGUAGAAGAGUGUCUGAGACAGCAGACUUGCCAUUAGCAUGCAAUCCUGCUGAUUACAGAUAUUUUGCAAUGAUUAUGCAGGCUUCCACCUUUAAUCCCGCCUGUACAGAUAUGUUAUUCUCCUCACUGAAAGGCCAUGAAAGGCCCCUUUGUAAGUCAGAAAGGUUGCAGCUCCUCCUUGGCUCCGGGUAUCAAUAGUGUCAUUGUUUCAAAUCCCCAGGUUCCAGGGUUCAAAGUCUCCCCCUCCCCAUUCUGGUCCAAUCACUCUUCCUUAAAUUCCAGAUCUCUACCUGUUAAAAGUGCCAUUGUUCACGAUGGCUGUGCCAUUCAUGCCCAUACGCUAUAGUAAUACACAUUAUCUGAGGAUUAUCAGGAAGCCAUUGUUCAUGGCUGCAUAUCUGUAGGUGAGUUCUUGUAGAAUUGAUGAAAGAACCAUAAUUUGUUUAGACUGUGAACUCUGACUGCAGCCCAUGCCGCAUGCUACCGUAGCGUCAUGCUACAGUGCCUAUUUCGUAUGAGAGUAAUCUGAUUUUUUUUAACAUGUUUGUGCAUGGUGUAUGUGGUGUGUGCACAUUCGCAGGCGGGCUCGCCAGUGGAGGCCAGAGGCCAAUAUUAGGUGCCUUCCUCAAUCUACUCUACCUUACUUUUGAGACAAGGUCUCUCAAUGAACCUGACACUCUCAGGUAGGUUGGGCUGGCUGUCUAGCACUCGUCUAGGUUCUACCUGUCUGCAUGCCUCCUCCCCUAGUUGCUGGGUUACCCAGGCUGUAAUGGGUGCAGUGGAUCUGAACUCAAGCUUUUACUUGCUUGCAAAGCAAGCAAUUUAACUAAUGAGCCACCUCCCUACUCCAUGACCCACCCUUUGUUUGGUUAUUUUUGUCUUGGAAAGUAUGACAAAAACCCUACAAAAUUUCCCACUCGGGCGGACAUACUUGCAUGAGGAUUUAAGGGUCAAGGUCUACGAACGUUAUAAGGAACCGCCUUUACCAACAUGUUUUAUGAACACGUGUCUUCUAUUAAAUGAGGGGAAAAAAGCAAUUUUUGUAAAUUUGGAUAACUUUUAUGUGCUUCCACUAAAAGCCUACUUCAAAAUUAGUAUUCCAUGAAAAGAGGAAAAAAAUAUUACAACUUUUCUGCAUUUGAGCAUCAGAACACACUAUAAAAAUAGACACAUGAAGGAGCAGCAAAUGUCUGAAUUUUUAUCAAGAAAACCUGUUCUAAUCUUCCAGCCUUCACCAUCGCUCUUUACUUUCCAGGAGGCUCAGCAGCCCAGCUCAUGGGUCACCAGACAGAUAGCGAUUCUUACUAAGACGCAAAGUGUAUUCUUCACCAGUCAUUUAUUUGAACAUCUUUAAUGUAGCCUGGACAGUUGAGACGGGGCUGCAAGAUAAUGCUAUCCACAAUGACUUGCUCAGCUCAACCAGAGGUCAACUUUUCAAGCGAAGCAGUAAAUUCUUUAUGUUUUUACUUCCUUCAAAUGUCACAGAAUUCCUGAAGUCUGCUAUAGCAGCCAAGCUUAGGAAGGCCACUAACACUUUCACAUUUCUAAUUCACACAAAAUACCAAGAGGAUUAUGACUCUGAUGGGUCACAGAAGGGAAACUAGUUUAACACUCAUAUGCCACUAUAGAUUUAUAGACUGCAAGUGGUCAGCAUGCAUAUAUAAAAAGGUUACUGUGGUCCAAGGAUUGGUCCUUAAUAAAGACAGUCUGUUACAACAGCCUAACAAGUAGGAAGGCCUCUCAUGCAGCAAAAAGGCAGUGUUUAAAAUUGUAAGUCCAAUCAUGGAAUAGUGAGUCUUAGAUUUAGAUCAAAACAGGACUUUCUACACUGGUAGUCACCAUGUUGUUCCAUCAACUGAUAAUGUUUAUAAGUUAGCUUGGCUGUCCUCUGUCUUCUCAACUGUCUUUCACACUCGUGAAGACAAGUCUUACCCUCUAUAGUUCUGUUAACUUAUUAUAUACCUAGAACUUGGUAUAUAAUAAAGAUACUUGUGAAACAAUUAGUUGGGAACCGUGAGUCUGUGCAUAGACCAAGGAUGAUGGUUUGGGGUGGUAGCAUGAAGGAGAGAAGUCAAGGGAAGGGACAGAAAGGAGAAAUAGGGAGGCUGAGGCAGAACAAAAAAAAGCAGACACUGGCCUGUUCAACAUAAUUGACUUACUUGAAAUUACUCCCACCAGUUGUCUGAUGUACAUGGAAAGUUGUGUGUUUCAUCAUCCAUCAUUUGUCAUGGCUAGUGCAAUGGAGAUGACUAGGUUUUCGUUGGGUUGUUUUCAGGACAUGGAACUUAAGUCCCAUUUUCCUUUAUUCUUAGUUCAGGCUAUAAUAUGGGAAUAAAAAGAACUGGUGUGUGUGUGUGUGUGUGUGUGUGUGUGUGUGUGUGUGUGUGUGUUUCUAAAACAGUGGUAAUAACAUGUCCUACAGAGGAAAACCUUCAGGGUUACAUCUUUAUCUCUUUAGCCUCCCCUUCUGUACUCUUGCCUCCAGGAUGGUCCUCCCCUUGGCCAAGGCCAUCUCUUCAGUAUCUUUUUAGAACUGUGCGGAGACUCCGUCUUUACUUCCCUGCUCUUGGACGUUUAUUCUCAAUUCUGUUACUGACUUUACCCAGGUAAAAAGAAAUAUCUUUAUAGAGAAGUAAGUGUGUGUGUGUGUCCUUUUUUAACCUCAUUUCCUCAUUACAAAAAAAAAUGAUUCCUUCUUUUUGCCCUAAGUAUCUUUCAUUUAAGUCAAAUCCUGAUGCUAUUAUAAGGAAGCAAUUGUCUGUAGGUAUAUCUGGCAGUGUGUGGAGACAUAGUGAAUUGUCCCAACUGGACUGGUGGUAUUACUCUAGUGGACAGAGACCAGAGACUCUGUUGACCAUCCUAUAAGCACAAGAGGAUAGCUCCACAUAGUAAAGAAUUAUCCUUUCUAAAAUUCCAAUAGUCUGCUGAUGGGAAUGCCUAGUGUGAGGAAAUGCUAUUCUCUCCCUUCAGAAACGAAGACCAUUAGGUUCCAUGCGGGGAGUCAACCAAUCGGUCACAUAUCAAAUCAGUGGCACUUUCAGGAUUUAAUCUAGAGUAAGGUUUGAGUGUGCUCCUCUUGGGGUGUAUGUGUGCACAUGCAUGCAUGUUUAUGUGUGUUCUAUUUCAAUCUAAUUAACAUACUCAAAUUUAACAUGUACAACUUUGUGCAUAUCUCAUCUGCAUUUCUGAUGAUUUCCUUAGGAUUAUGUAGAAGUUGAAAGUAUCAAAGUGAAUAGUAAUUAUAGGGCUUUUAUAAUUACAUAUUAUCUAUACAUAUAUAUGAUUCAUGUAGUAGAAUUUCUGUAACUAUCAAUACUAAUUGUAAGGAUUUGGUUAUGUCAGCAAAUCUCUUUUCUUAGAGUUAUAACUUACUUAGUCGCUUUAGGUCUUACUUAACAAUAGGCUAUAUUAAUUUAUUUCCUUAAAUCUUCUUAUUUCAUAUUUACAGUUUAAUCAUUUGUCUUUCUCCAAAGUGAAAAAUGUCUCUGUUGUUCAGUUUGCCUCUUUGAACUGCAAACAUGCUGUGAUGGUUUGAAAAUGGCCCCCAUAGGUUCAUACCUAGUGGCACUAUCAGGAGGUGUGGCCUUAUUGGAGUAGGUGUGGCUUUGUUGGAGGAAGUGUGUCACAAGCGAUGGGCUUUGGGGUUUCAAAUGCUCAAGCCAGGCCCAGUGUCUCCUUCUCUCUGCACGUGCUGCCUGUAGGUCAGAAUGUAGACAGAACUCUCAGCUACUCUCUAGCACCGUAUCUGGCUGCAUGCAGCCAUGCUUCCUGCCAUGACAAUAAUGGACUAAACCUCUAAACUAAGCCAGUCCCCAAUCAAAUGUCUUCCUUUAUAACAGUCACUAUGACCAUGGUUUCUCCUCACAGCAACAGGACAUUGAUUAAGACCUGAUCAACUCUUCUGAACAGCAUACAGGAGUGCAGGGUUUAAGCAGGUAAUCUGAGGUCAAAUCGUAGCUCUGCCACUGAAUAGCUCAGUGACUUUGUGUGACUCAUGCCGAGUUCCUGUCUUCAUGCGUUAAAUAAAUCUAGAUGGCAUCCCCUGCCUCACAGAUUUAACUGAGCUAUGCUUGUGAAAUGUGUAGAAACUGUGUAAAAUACAGUGUGGGAACAAAGUAAAUUCUCAGGCAGUACUGGCUACUUCAAUAUCCUCUGCCUCUCCGUGUGUGUGUGUGUGUGUGUGUGUGUGUGUGUGUGUGUGUGUGUGUGUGUGUGUGUGUGUGUUGGGGGGUGGAGAACUUGCUUGCUUGCUGUCAUGUCUUUGACGCUCUCUGAAAGCUUCAUACAUGAUUUUGGACCAUUAAGCUACUCUGACUCCUAUUGCCAUCCCCAUUCUCCAAAUACCUUCUGGUUUCAAAUGCACUUGCAGGCUCAUGAUGGCCAUCAGCUGGACUUCCUAUUACCAAGUAAUGACUUGGCUCUCCCAUUCAGGAUGCCUUGUGCCCCAGUCCUCCCUUGGCACAGUGUUCAAAUACCCUACUAUUGACCCAUCCCCAGCCCUGAUGGCAAGAGGUCAAAUCCCUGCCUGUGGAUCAUCUAUAAAACCAAACAAGUUGGUGAGGAAGGUGAGGACCAACACCCAAAGAUGUCUCUGACCUACAUAGAUAACAUCAUGACACACAUGUGUCCAUACUUAUAUAUGAACAGACACGUACGUAUAUACAUAUGCAUACCAAAAAAGUUUACUAUAAUUCUUUUACUACUUGUGCUAGCUAUUUUUUGUCAACUUGACACAAAGUGGAGUAACCUGGAAAGAGGAAGACUGAACUAAUGAAUUAGUUUCAUCAGACUAGACUGUGGGCAUAUCUGUGGACUGUUGUUGUUGUUGUUGUUAUUAUUAUUAUUAUUAUUAUUAUUAUUAUUAAUGAUCAGUGUGGAAAUGCCCAACCCACUAUGGGUAGUGCCACAUAAGACAGGUGGUCCUGGGUUGUACAUAAAAGCAAGCUGAGCAUGUCAUGGCGAACAAGCCAGUAAGCAAUUUCCUCCCAUGGUUCCUGCCUCUGUUUCUGUUGAUUUCCUAACCCGCCUUCCCUCAACAAUGGACUGUGCUGUGAAUACACCAAAUAAACCCUUUCCUCUACAAGUUGCUUUUGGUCAUGGUGUUUAUCACAACAGCAAAAGAGCAAACCAUGAUCGUGCUAUUCUAAGUACUAACCAUGGCCAAAAGGUAGGUUACAAAAACUGAUGAACUGCCUUCUCUCAAUAGAAGGUUUCAAGACCUCUUUAUGUUUUGUUUUGCUGCUCCUAGUAAGCGAUAUGAUGGUGAGAACCGUUCCAAGUCUGACUAACCAGGAAAUUCAGUGUUUGAAUUUGUCCCUCCCAAAGUCACUGCCAGCUGUGAACAGCAGCAGAUCGUCAUGCUAGUAGCUCGGUAGCCUGUGAAUGGGCUCUGUUCACAGCUGGGACACUGACAGUGGAGAGCCAUUCAGUUUUCUCAUUAAAGAUGACAGUUGGCAGUCCCCAGGCUGGAAGAAUGGUCUAGAGAGGUCCAAUACAUUUUCUCAUGGCACAGGAUCAGAGCUUCCUCAGCCCACCGGGUCUGCCCCUGCAGCUCAUACCAGCUCACCCUUUCUGUAUAUUUGUUUUCUCACAGAAGCCAUUACCAUAACUCUUUGUACUUCUGUGCUAAGCCAAACUCUGAAAACAUUCGUGGAGUUUUUCAAAUGAGCCUUAGUGUAUAACCAAUACUUCAUUAUGGUUUUAAAUGCAGAAUAAACUGCAUCUGUUCUUGAUAUGUGUAAAUAAGCAGAAAGUUAGUCUGUGCAGAUAGCCUUGUUUCCUUGCUUCCAGCCCAUGACUUUUAUGAUUAUUUUAUGGAAUAGCAUUAACCUGUUUAAGAAGGUUUUCUCCCGUUUUUCUCAUUGGUAAUCCCCAUACUUUCUUUCAGGCCAAGGGUGGCCAUGCUGUUUAUUGUCUUUUGUUUUACUAACUAGGAAAUAAAUUUUAACUCGUUUUGAGGGAGAGUUGAGAGGAAGCUCUGGUUGUGAAAUAGAUGGUGGUGGUUGGUAUAUCGUUAUUCCUUUUCAAAGUGUUUGUUCCCCUGUCACCUUUGGAAUCCUGUCAGAGUCUGUGCCUAUGUGGGCUGCCAGUUUGACUCUGACGGCAUUGCAUCUUUGAAUUUGCUGCUUCUGGGAAAUGGACCCAGUCAGAAUGCUCCUCUUUAAUGCUUUUAUUCAAACCGCCUUGUCUAUUUCUACUUCUCUUUCCCAGUCUGCUAGGACAUUUAUGUCAGCUUAUAUUGCUUUAGAAAACUUAUUUCUGCUGGUACCAGCAUCCAAGAAUCAGUCACCUGCCUAGUAGUCAAUGGUAUGAUGCCCUAAGAGACUAUCUACUCCAUCAGAGUGGUACCUUCUGAUUUAGAUGUUGCCAUUCUGUGAUUAGAGACCAAAGCCCUCAGCCAUUCAUCAAAUGCUUAGUUUGGUCAGCCAUAUUGUAAGUCAAUACAUUCCUGAACUUUUGCCCAAUUGGAGGAUCAAAAAAAAAUGCUUCCUGGGUACUCCUAGGUAACCCCCAAUCUCUAAUGGGUGAAUCUGGAAACUAGACUUAUCUCCUGCAUCAUUUCUGCCUGCUCUUUUUUAUAUCGCUUAUUUCUUGUCUAACCUCAUCAAUUCUGUUAGAUGAGCUUUUAUUGAGUGCCUACUGUAUGUAAGAACUCAGUGAUUACUGCGUUGGCCAUUUUGUCCUUUAGAGGCUACCAAUAAAACUUAGAAGAAUAAGGUGUAUGUGUGUUUCCAUAGCUCAUGAAGGAGAAAUGUCUGGUGUUCAGUGGGAUGGGACAGAUACCCCAGUGGGUUAACCCUGACUCAGUGAAACAUGAAUCACGUUCAGUGCUUCUUGAGAACUAACUCACGUAGAAACAGAUGCUAACUCACACAUCUGUGUAGUGUUCCCCCAAUCUCUUUCCAAUUUCAUGUCCUAUAACAUCAAUUACCUAGGUCAACUAUGGUCAGAAAAUUUACACAGAAAAAAAUCUAAAAAUAGAAAAUAUCUUUUAUAAAUAAUUUUAUUACAUUAUAUUAGUUCUUUUUGUUAUUAGUUACUAUUAACUUCUUACUGUAUCUAAGUUAUAAAUUCAUCUGUUAUAGUGUGUAUGUACUGGGGAAAGAUCACAUAGCCGAGACCUGUGGUUUCAUAUCCACAGAAGGUAUUGGAGCACAUCCUUUAAGGACUGCAUUGUCCUUGUGGGUUGACAGCUUCUCCUCGUAUGGGAAAAACUUUGUGACUUUCAUUGUUUGUUUCUGUCUCCCUGCUGGGUCCCCUGCCCAAGUCCUGCUAAGCUGUUAUGCUGAGCUCACCUUGGCCACUUAUGCUGCUAAUAGCCACCGACAAAAGUGGAGUACUGUACAGAUAGCUUCAUGGCACUGUAAUGAAAUACCCAAGGCAAUUAAUGAAUAAAUAAAAGAGGUUAUGACUUAGCAGUUCAUAGGUUCAAAUCCAAGAUUUCAGCCUAUUAUUGGUUUGGCCUCUGGUUGGGUCAACAGAAAAUAAUGAUGGGAACAUGUUAGAGGGCAUAUUCAUAUAUCGAGACAAGGGAAGGAGGGAGGGAGGGACCAAGGGAUGGACAGACAGAUGGACAGAUGGAUGGAGGGAAUGAAAAGGGACAGAGGCCCAGGGAGUAGAGAAGGUAAUCCCUUCAAGGGUUCUUCCCCCAGAACCUUAGGACCUCACACUGGACCCUAUCUCUUAAAGGUCCACAGACCAUGGGCCAUGGCAAUGGACUUUUGGGGGACACUCAUCCAAACAAGAGCAAGCACUCACUGUCAACCCACAAUUGAGAAAAAGUGGGAAAUCUAUUACCCAUUUUUCAUUGAUUCUGGGAUGGUGCCCUCUUCACUAAACCGGUACAAGGAAACAUUUCUAUAGUUUGAAACGUACAUGGGGAGCAAGAGGUGGUUCAGAGAGAAAAGACGCUUGCUACCAAGGCUAAGGACUUGAGCUUGAUUUCAGCAUGCACAUAAUAAAAGGAGAGAACUGACUCCUGAAAGUAGUCUUCUGACCUACACAUGCUUUGUGUUCACACACGUACACACACGGGGGCACACACACUUUGAAAUAAACAUAAACAUGUUACAGAAAUGGGGUGCAUCUCAUUUUAUCUCUUACUACUUACUAACCUAGAAGGCAAUGUUUCCGAUAGAAGUCAGAUCCUUUAUUUCCUGUUAACUUUCUUCUGUUUUAUGCCUCUCUCAGUUUUUUUAGGAGGAGAGGAUAUCUAAAAGUGGGUAAUUCUUAAAGAAGACUAUAAAUACAUUUUACCCAUUGAGAGAAAAAAAAACUCCAGCGCUCUAUGUUAAUAAAGUAAUAAACUUAGGUUAAAGUGGUCGUUUUUUAUCACAGAUCAAUUCUGCCCACCACAAGGGAGUGUAGCCAGGAAUCUGGGCAGCCUUUGAAGCCGCAUACAGAUGCAGAUUUUCACCUCUGGGACCAACCAUAAGUUUAAUUAACAUAAAGUAAUCUAAAGGCAUGCUGGUUAGAUGCCCGGUGCCUGAACAAAGCAUUCUAGGCAGGGGCUGGGGAAUAGGGAAGUCUGUCUAUUCCUCUUUCCUGAAAACGAGGCUUUCUUUAAUCAGUCAGAGAUUUUUAUUAUGCUCAGCCUUUUUUUUUUCAUUGUAUGAUGUUCUUAGAGACCAAAAAACAACAGAAUUCCAAAAGCUUUUGUUAAUUAAAAAGAGCAGAGCUGAAACCGUUACAGAUUAUGUCAGUUUAGCCCUGCAUUUUAAAAGCACAGGGCUCCAGAUCGCCUUUAAAGUACAUGAUUUACACCACAUUCCAGUAAACCGAUGCAGGCGGGGACUUUUCAUUCACCCCUGUGUGUCAUGUGGAACACGCUAAAAGCUGUUGGUUCUCCCAGGGACGCUGGGAGAAUUAACUCCAGCCAGCAUUGCUUCUAAUAUGUGGCUUUGACUUUCAGAGCAAUGGAGUGCAGUGGGAAUCAUAGAUGCAACUGACAGAAAAUCCUCAACGCCCUAACAGGAAGCAGGCUUCUUUCCAUAUUCCUUCCAAGGGUUUUCUUUCACAUGCAAGUCCAAGACACAAAAUCUGCAAAAAAAAAAAAUCAUGAGGAAGCCACAGUAGUUGUUACUGUUUGGGGAUUUCCCAAGGAGAAGAGUGUGUCCACAUACAGACACAGACACAGACACACACACACACACACACACACACACACACACACACACACACAGAGUUUGUUUAUGUGAUCUAAAUAGCUGAGAGAAACAGACCAUACCAUCUCCAUUUUAUUGUACAUACUAUUUACUGAGUUUCCUUGAAGAAAGCUUAAAAAGAAUUCUUGCCCUAUGAAUCACUGUGUGUGUGUGUGUGUGUGUGUGUGUGUGUGUGUGUGUGUGUGCGCGCGCGCGCGCGCGCGCGCAUGUGUGUGUGUAAAUAUAAACCUCCCUGCAUCUGGUCAGUUUGGAACACAAUCAUCUCAUCCUCUCUUCUCUCCAAGCUUCUUCGCCUUCGUCUGUCAAUGAUCACAUCUGAGGCCAAAUCAAGCAGCUUGGGUGCUGCCAACUUCUUUCCAUUAAACAUUCAAGCUUAAGAAAUGAACAGUCUGUCCAGGCAAGGUUCAAAGAACUCCAUCCUCUGAAUAUGACCUACAUAAUUACAUUUUCAUUGCCCUGGCAAAAUACAUCUUCUUGGUUUAAUUUCUGUUGGAAUUAAUGGGAGGGAAUUGUAUGCUUUUACAGGGGGAGGGGGCAACAAUCAGUGGUGGUCAGUGCUUAGGGUAAGGUCCUUUUCACACAGGCAUAAGAGAGAAGGUGCUCUCCAUCUGCAUCUUACUGAAGAGAAGCCACAGAAGUGGUCCUCCAGAGUAACCAGGCACCGUAAUUUAAAUACUCACACCUCAUGUCUCAAUACAGAUAUUAAUUACAGUUUUCCUUCCAUAAAAAAGGCCCUAUAAUUGCACUCAUCCAUUCUGAGGUAGCACUGUUGUUUUAGACAGCAAUUCUGAACCUACUUUCCCAGUGGCUAUAAGAAGCCUGCUGCUGCCAACUGAGUGGUCUAGAGUCCUCGAUAAUUACCAGCUUCCACAGCAUUUGAUUCUGAGCCCAACUGAUGGCGCCAGACGCUGAACCACAGGCAGAUCUGUAGGCCCUGGAUUUGCCAAAUGGAAUCUAUGCAAUUUGUUUCCUUUUCUCUGUGUUUUUAUGAUGAGUCUCAGCUCAGAUUGACUAGAAUUGCCUCAAAAUACUAAUGGCCGAAGCGUUAAAUAUUGAGGAAAAUGGCCAUGAGACGUCUGUACCCUAGACUGUGCAUAUAAAUCAAUGUCAGAUGUCUUCCUCAGUUACUCUGCACCUUAUGAUACAGGGGCUCUCACUGAACCUGAAGUUCUUAAAUUCUGUUAGGCAACACGGCCAGCAAGCUCUGGGAAUCCUCCUGUCUCUACUUCCCAUUUCUAGGAUUACAGGCACACACCGGUGUAUGCACCAUUUUUAAAUGGGUGUUAGAGGUGAAAUUUAGGUCACCAUGUUGUGCAAGACUUUACUGACUGGGUCACACCCUCCUUGCUGCCCCAGAAAAUGCUAAGCUGUGAAGUACAGUUGUGCUAUUUGAUUCACUUAAAUGCACAGACAUUAAGUUAGCACCUUCUGUUUACUCAGUAUUACAUUUUAUUCAGGAAAUAAUGCUUGAAAUUGUCUCUCAUCAUAUAAUGAAAGACCAAUAAAAAUAUCAUGUAUAAAAUAUUUAUGUAGUUCAAGGUCUUGCUUUAUAAUUCUGUCAGGAAAUAGUCUUUAAAAGCGGGCACUUAGAAAUGCCCAGUUGUUGUUGUCCAUACAGAGUUGAGGUCUAGAAAAUGCUUUGUAAAGUAUUUUAAGAUGGUUUUAAAGAGUGGACGUAGAAUUCAGGAGGAAGGUUUAUGAAAAUGGAAUGGACAGCAAACACAGCAGCUGUCUAACUGAUAAUGAAGCCAAAUCAGUGGACAGGGGAAGCUGGGGACACAGCUGUAGUUAUGUGACAUUUGUGAAGAGACCAAGAGGCAAGAAGUUAGAGGAAAUCCUACUGGGUCUUACGUGUUCUGAAACAGAUUUCUAUCCUAAGGGUUAUACAGGCACCGAAGCAAAUAAAACCAGCAAUCAUCUUAGCAUCUCAUCAAGAGUAAACAACCAAGAUAUAGGACCGAAGUUGUCCCAUAUAAUUAAAAUAUUAAAUGAAAUAACCCUCCAUAAUGGUAGCUAAAAAGAAUCCCAAGAAAUAGGUAGAAAUUUUAGGGAUACUUUCAGUGCUGCAGGAUUGACAACACUGCUCCGUGAAAACCAACUAUGACCCAGCCAAAGAAUUUGUUAGAAACAAACAGCAAGCCCAUAAGGACAGAGCGAAAGAAUUAUCUUGUGUUGACCAUGGCAUCCAGGGGAGCAAAGGUGGCUGUCUUUAAGCCCACAUUUGAGUUUAAGAUCUGUUUGAUGCAAUAUGUGAGUUAAGAACCACAUGGACAAACUGGGCAUGGUGGCACAUGCUAAAAAUCUCAGCACUUGGGAAGCAGAGGUAGGAGGGUCAUGAGUUCAAGGCCAACCCCAGCUACAUGCCAAGUUGGAGGCCAGUCUGGUCUAUAUGAGAUCCAGUGAAAAAUUCAAUCUAGGUCUGUGGUACUUCCAGAAAAACCAGUAGAAGCCAUACAACCAUACAACCCACAAAGAUCACCCAGACCUCGUCUCUCCUAGUUUUCUAAAAAAAAAAAAAAAAAAAAAAAAAAAAGUACCUCGAAAGAAACAAAGUAAGGAGAAGAAAAAGAAGUGAGCCACACACAAGAAUAUGAGAAACAGUGGUGGUCUGUGAAAUCAGCCCUCUAAAGAUGAUAGAGAUAUAAAGCAAUGAAGAACAAACAGACUUGGAAAACUCUUAACUUCUAUAAACAAUGCUUGAUCACGGAAGUGAAAAAGCACAUCAAGAGAGCCAGUUGAAGUCAGUUAAAGAACCAGUGAGAUGGCUCAGCAGGUAAAGGGACUGGGUGCAAAAGCCUGGAGACCUGGGUUCGAUUCCUGGAACAAACACAAAAGUAGAAGAAAUUGAUGCCACAAAGUUGUCCUUUGACUUCCACAUAUGCACUAUAACACACAUGUACACACACACACGCACACACAUAUACAAACACACACAGACACACAUUCACACAUACACACAUACAAACACACACACACAGUUGGGGGAGCAGGGAACAAUAAUACAUUUUUUUAAUUAUUUUUAAAAUUAGUAAAGUGGAAGGCUGUGAUAAGGUGAAUGAAGUGGCCAGAAAGCAGAAUUAAACACAGAAAGAGACUCUCCAGUAUCAUGGAGUAGCCUGAGCUCUCACACAUUUUUAAUCAGAGUUGAGAUGAGAGAGAAUGAAAAAGAUAGUGUUCAGAGAAAAGCAAGGAGAGUUUUUCUAGAGGGUUAUCAUAGCAGUGAAACCCUAGCAACAACAUCCUUAUUUGCCCUUAUGAGUAAAUAAACUAUAUGCAUUUGCAUGUUAGAGUUUUAUACAAUAUUCCAAGUGAGUGAACCUCAGGAUAUCCAAUAGUACUUUGAAUUAUCAAGAUAAGUGACUCCAGUACAUUCAAUAACAUAAGUGUAAAAAUAUAGCCUAUUUUUAUUAAUUAAAUAUUUAAGUACAUAUAAACACAAUAAAACUAUUCAGAAAAUGAAGGAAUGAUGAUUGGUCCCAUGGAUGCUCACACCAAGUAAGAGUGGCACGGAAAUUAGUUCCUGAACGGGACCAUGUGAAGAGAUCAGGUCCAUGUGAAGAGAUUGAAAAGUCCUAGCAUUACCAUAAAUAACAAAUUCAUAUGUAGCAUAUGUACUGAACAAAUUAUGAAAUUAACUGAUUAAAAUAUUAGUAAAUAAAAUGACCCAUUUCUCUCCCAGCGAUGAUAAUGUACUAUGAACUAAAGAUUUUGGUUACUUUAACAUUCUAAAAGUACACCAAUAAUUCUCCAAUUGACAUAACCAUGAAACUCAGCAAAUUCCAGAUAGAGUCAUCAACAUCGUCUUAUCAGCAUCCUAGGCACAACACGGUGAAAGUACAAAAUACAAAAAAGAAAAAAAGUAAAAGAAUCCAGGAAAAUAGGUCACUUAAAAUAUUAGUCACUUUUCUGUUGCUGUGAUAAAAUACCAUGACCAAAAGCAACUUGUGUUCUACAGCUAAGAGUCCAUUAAUAGCAGGGACAGCCUGACAAGAAGGCUUGUUGGCAGGAGCAGGAACAUUGCAUCCCAACCACACUCAGAAAAUGGAGAAUGCAAACUGGAAGUGGAGCUGGUCUACAGACCCUCAAAUCCAGACAGACUCCAGUGAUGUAUUGCUCUCAGCAAGGCUCCACAUCCUAACCAUUCCCUAAGUCCCAGAAUAGCGCCCCCAACUGGAGACCAACUGUUCAAACACGUGAGCCUGUGAGAGCCUGCGGGAGAUGAUCCACCACCUCUUAGGGGGGCUAUGGCUAAACUGUUGAUCUUUUGAAUUCUGUGGAAGUAUGUCGUGCACAGACAGAGCCAAUACCAAGGUCCGUGUCUUGUCUUGCCUGUGUUCUCAGUUCCACCAAACGUUUAUCGUAUGUCCAGGUGCAGGGUCCUUUGUGCACAGAAGUUAGUGCAAGUCUGAAAAAUGGGCAAAUUGGAAAGUCUGGAAGGAAAGUUAACCACCAUCUGCUUGACAUAUGAAAAAUAUGCCAAAAUACACGUAGGUACAGAAGAAACAAGGCAAGCAACAUUUUGGCAACUUCUCAAUAUAGGCCAGGAAUAGUGCUGGCACUGUAAAAGCUUUCUUCUGCAGCCAAUAUUUAUUGGUUGGAGUUCUUAUUUCCAUCUUAUGGUUCCAGAGACAAAUGCUGGGGGAGAGUAUAUCAUUUACCUGGUCUUACAGAGCAGGUGAGUGGUAAGUUCAAAUCCCAGAGGAGUGCAGCUAGGACCACCAUACCUACCGUAUUCCCAGCAGCAUAGUCAACAAAUGCAUGAUGUAACUGACGUGUAGGAGUUGUCUGCACUCACAACACUUUGUGGGUAAGUCUGACACUUGAUAGCAGGGCAUCCAAGGAAUAUGCAGGAAGAUCCAUGCUGGGCCUCUUUCCUGGAAGGGUGGAUAUCUCAUAGACCUAAGAGACAAAUUACUACCUCCAGUAAAGUCGCAAUCCCCACCCCCCUGUGCAAACUGGGGUAACAGGUGGAUAACAGGCUUCACUAAGGAAGUAAUCAAUACAGUUCUUAGCUCAGCCUCUGGCACUGACUUUCUCAGUAAGUGACUGGCUGAUUCUGCUAUUAUUAGACCUUUUAUGGCAUAGAGAAUUUUUGUAGCCAGGGUAUUCAUUGCCACAUCCUACUUUGCCUAAGAAAAAGUGAGCCACCUUUAUUUGGUUCAUUGUUGUGAUACAUAGUUCGGGGUCUGGUUACCAUUCAUUUUAAGUCUUCUUAAUAGGAAAAUAAUUAUACUCUUGUCUGACUUUUAUAUCUAGAUGAUAUGAAUAUAGCAAUUAAUUACUAACCAGCCAUUUUAUAAAAUGAUAUUUAACAAAAAGAAUCUCACUUAUCCCCUGAAUUGAACUUACUAGAAUGUUCUCUAGGCCUCUAGAGCAGGGUUGUCAAACUGUGGGUCACUAAUCCUUUAGGAGUCACAUAUCAGAUACUUGCAUUACUAUUCAUAACAGUAGCAAAAUUACAAUUGUAAGUGGCAAUGAAGUAAUUUUAUGGUUGGGGGUCACCACAACUUGAAGAACUACACUAAGGGGUCUCAGUGUUAUGGUUAAGAGACACUGCAAUCCAUAUGUUACUUGUGGCAGUUUGACUGUAGUAUCUUGGCCUUCUUUGGGAUGUAUUAAUUUGAACUAAGGGAUUAUGUGAAAUUCUCUGUAAAUUCUCAUGAGACAAUGAUUGUGAGAAACGCUGCACAGAAGAUACCAAUCCUCCUAUGUGUGGGCAAUGUAUCAAUCCAUCCAAAGGCCAAAAAAGAGUGAGGUGAAGAAGUAGACAGAGCACUUAGUCAGCUCGUGUGCACUGUGCAGUGUGAGCCCAUGCGAAAUGCUAAUCUGGUACAGAUUCCUCAACAUAAAAAUGACUAUAAUUAUUCCAAAUUGCAUCCACUUAAUAUACCUAAUGAGCAGAGGGUUUAUAACAUGCUGUAUUUUCCCUUCCAAUUAAUUAGUCUUAUUAUUUUUAAAUAAAAAGUGCUAAUAAGCAAAAGCUCUCUCAGCAGCGAUCUUCCUCCUGGGUGAUGAGGGGCAGUCUGUCUUCAGGCACAGUAAGAACAUAGCCGCUCAGACCUGUCACAGUCUUCCAUUGUAUCUCAUGUGUAUUCCUCGUAGGCUACUUCUCUGACCAUGGUUAAAUGUGCCAAUGAUUCUGGAACACUCGGUUUUCUUUGGCACUAGAUGCCCCUUGUUUGCCUCUACAGCAUUUGGACUUUUAAAAGAUAAUGCUUACCUACUGCAUUCUCAUGAGCAGAGGAAAGGAAGUAGUUCACUCUGGAGGAAACAAUUCUAGGAGCCUGGCUAUGCAGUAAAGCCUUUAGAAGAUCUUUUAGAAUACCAGUGAUGACCAAAAAGGAAAGAGAAAUGUCAUGUAAAAACAAGAUCUGCUCCCUUUUUAUACUAGACACAAUUCAUAAACUCUUUUUGUAACAUCGGGAAACUCUUCUGUAUGUGGAGAAUAGCAUAAUAAUCCGGAACAGUCUAGUGUACAGAGUUAGAAAAUACCAUUCAAUCAUUCCAAACUGAAAAAAAAUCAGGAAUGUAGACAGGCUGACUAGAAUUAUCCAAAAUGAAACGUAUCUAAAAUUCUAAGUCUCCCAGAGACAAAAGUACCAUUCACCUCUUUUUCCUUCCCAUACUAAAACUCAUUUGCAUCUACCGAUAAUCCUUUGAGUUAUUACCCUCCCAGGAAAGCACUCACUUCCAGUAGAGCACUUAAAAUAUUCCAUUGUUUCUGAUCAACCCUGUGUUGUCAUCUAUCCCCUGACUCAGACUUUAGAGCAUAGGGAAAGGAGACCCACGGUCAAAAAUAUAUCAAGCUCAGACAUUACAUCCCUCUAACAGUUUGGUGGAUUCACAUUUCUCUUUAUGCUCUAAAUAUUAUUAUUCUGGAAGUCUGACCUUUACUUGACCCUUUAGAGGUACAAGUCAAGCACAUGUCUUGUGUCUCAACAAAAAUAUAAAAUUAGGAAUUAGGGAUUUCUGAAGCCCACAGUACAGAGUAAUCUGUGACUUUCUUCAAAUAUCUAUUAAAAUGUUAAUACAAUGGAUGUUAGGAUUUCUCUUAAAGUGAAACUGUUUGGAAACAAGAAUUUAGCAUUUUUACAGAGCAGCUGCAUGGUCUGUCUCCCAGGACUCCCUGAGCAGACUGCCUUGUGAGCAGGCUGCCUUGUGAGCAGGCUGCCUUGUGAGCAGGCUGGUCAACAUCUGUCAGCAUCUUUAGCAUAAACUAUCAGCCCCAAGCAUUCUUCAGGCUGACACUCGAGCUACCAGGUCUCUCAGCUCAGGAGGUUUUGUGUGCUUUCAGGAAAAUGAGAUCUGGUUGGUUUUUUUUCCCCCAAGUGAAAGCCAUAAUGAAGGAAAUGUGAUCAUAGCAUUUCAAGACAACCUUCUGCUCUCUUAAUGGGUAAAGGCAAAACCAGCCUCAACUCAACUGAAAGGGACAGGAAAUACCCAAACAGGCAGAGUGUGGUGAAGUUUUCUUCACACCGUGUUCCUGAAACAGGAUGUCCUCAUCAGAGCUGUAUGACCACAUGCAUAGCAGGACGGGGUAUGGAACUUGGCCCAACUGUGAUACCAGAGGUCAGGAUGUGUUCACCUCUCAGCAGCUGAGGAUGAAGGGCUUAAGUGGCAAAUUCCAAUCCUCCAGCUUCCCAGAUUAUCAUACGGGCACAGGAAACUCAUAUAGCAAACAGUAGUUUGCCAAAAGGUAUCAUAUCCACUAGUGGAUUGUGGUUUUGCACAGUUUUGACAUACAUUCCCCUAGUGUCUAAAAUUACAUCUCAGAGUACAUCUGUCGGUGCAAUACAGGACUUCACUCCACCGACUGAUCCCACAUACUUCACUGAACAAUAGGGAUGUACUUUUGAACCUAAAGCUGUCACUACCAAUCUCACUGUGGGUGUCAAAAAUUCAUGGAGUGUACAUGACUAUGAAGUUGAGAGAGUUUGGAUCUUGAAAUUGCCCAUCUAUUCAAGACGGAAAGACCGUUUCCGUGAAUGAGGUCCGGGUAGCUUUGAAUUCACCACAGAGGCCUCCCAGCCACAUAACUAUGGUGUGAGUUUAAUAAUGCACUCAGUAGAAACCAUACUCGGAAUUAUGAAUUGCAAGCUUCUCUCUGGCUAGAAGUAUACACGAGGAUACACCCCCGUGAACUGGACAAUGGCAGCAGGCGAGCUCCCCAUCAGCCACACGAGAGGAAACUGUGAUGUGUUUUGAGCACAUUCUAUGAGGUUUGAGUCUGUAAUUUGAACUCAUGGUGAGUUUAUUGGGAUGUAACCCAAUCGUAAGCUGGGUAACGGCUCUAUUUGUCAUAUGAACAUCUUUUUUCCUUCUCACAGGAAUACUUUUUUUUUUCUUUUUUCUUUUUUUUCAGAGCUGGGGACCGAACUCAGGGCCUUGCAGUUGCUAGGCAAGCGCUCUACCACUGAGCUAAAUCCCCAACCCCAGGAAUACUUUUUAAAGUAUGGAGAAGCAACCCCUAGUCAGGCCUCUGGGCCAGUUGUUUGCAUAGUACUUUGCUGAACUUAAGGCUCCAGUUCACUGCAGCAUAAUUUCUAGGAAAACAAAAUCAAAUGCUGAAAAACACACAAGCAGAUAAAGGCUCAAGCUGCAGACCUUGUCACACACACGCCAGUUGUAGCUCACAUAAUAGUCUAGCCAAUAAGGGUGUGUGUUCUUGUGGCCUCAGAGGGAAUUCAUCUGGGUGACUCAACUUCAGUUACAGUGGGAAGGAAAACAGUGUUGCCUUUGUCCUUCCAAAGACACUGCCAGGAGCGAUCCAUGCCCUGGUCCUCUGGCUCCUAGUGGACCUGCUUCUGCAUCAGACCCUAGGACUCAACCAUUUGUCUACUCAGAACCUGGAGCAACUCCAAUCAUUUGGGAAAGUUAAAUGAGUCAAAAUCAAGGGUUAGUCACAUAAUCAUGAUCAAAACCUCUAAUAGAUACAAAAAAGUAGGGAAGAAAAGAGGAAGGGAAGACAAAGGAGCAGAACAAAGUAGGGAUCUAGCCAUUUGACUCCCCUAAAAGCACCCCAUGUCUUCUUGAGCAGCAUGGCAGAGACCUUUAGAUUAGUUUGUUUCUGAAGCGAGCUCCAUCUCAGUCCAUUUCUGCUCACCUUCCCCUACUGCCAACAAUUCAGAGUCUCAAACUACCCAGCAGCCACCUCCACCUCCCCAAACCAUACAUGCAUCAGAUUCUGUCCCUUGGUCCACAUAGUUCUUCCUACCUGGAAGAAGCUGAAGUGAAUCCUGUGCUUAGAGAGUACCUUCCUGUCCCAAUCCAACCACUGUCAGGUGGGCAUGCCCUUUGUGCGUGUCCUAAAAUUUGUGAGCUAGGAUGCUGUUGAUUUUCAAUAGAAAUUUGUUUUCAUUUUUCAUAAGAUCCUGAAAAAGUAAGGACAACAGUGGCCAUGAUUGGUGUCACCGUCUCACAAUGAAAUUAAGAUUAACCAACUGAAAGUGAUUGUGAGCAAGUAUUGUGAGCAUCCAGAAGGCUGAUUUGUCUUCGUAAUGUAUUUAUUUCUUAAUCUAAUGUUAAAAAAAUGAAGUCAAAAUAUAUGCAAAGGAGGUCUUAGCGGAAAUAGAUUGUGUAGUCAUGGAUACCAUCACAGACUUCAGUGGGGAUUUCUCUCCCUGUAGACAUAAGUACCCAAUUUUUCUUAUUGUAUUCUUGAUCACUGAAUAUAGGUCUUGGAGCUCUACAUUUCAAUUUACAUAGCUUUCAAAAACUUGCACUAGAUUUUUUUCUCAUAGUUUCUUAGCAAACAAUAAGUCUAUUAUAUGACAGUCUAAAUCUCAAAACUAUUUACAGUAGAAAAAGAAUAUGAAAACUGUAACCUCUACACUUACACAAUGUAUAGAUUCAUAUUCAUAUAAAAAGUACACACUAUUAUUAUUGGCCACAAAGACACUAAAGGUCUACGCUAUAUGGAACCAAAUUAAAUUUGGCCAGAAGAUAGUGGUUAGAAUGUACUUACUUUCCAUUUCAACUUCUGAUUCUCCUUGUCCAUGGUUUACAGUGCAUUUUACAAGUCAAUAGCUACUCUAAGGUAGCUCAUUAAAGCAAUAAUAGUAUGUCUUCUUGUACUGUUUUGGCUACACUAUAGUAUUCAGUACAUAGAUUCAUGUGUGUGCAUGUUUAUGUCCUGGAAUUUUUUUAUUUAUCUGAAGGAUAAGUAUCAAUUGAACUUUUCAAGUCAUUAUUCUAAACUAUAGGACAUUCACAAAGACAUGGAUUUUGAUGUAUGACAAGUGUUUUGAUUGGUUGUAGACCAGCUUUUGUGACUUAAGAAUAGAUGGAGGGGUUGGGGAUUUAGCUCAGUGGUAGAGCGCUUGUCUAGCAAGCACAAGGCCCUGGGUUCGGUCCCCAGCUCCGAAAAAAAAAGAAAAGGAAAAAAAAAGAAUAGAUGGAAAUGCUAAGGCAGUAGUCGUUCUCAUAUGCAGGUCAUGACUUCGUUUUGGGUAAACUGACCCUUUCACAGGGAUUUGCCUGAGGCCAUCAGAAAACACAGACAUUUACCUUAUGAUUCACAACAGUAGCAAAUUUACAGUUAUGAAGUAGCCACAAAAAUAAUGUCGUGGUUGUGGGUCAUCACAACAUGAGGAACUGUAUCAAAGGGUUGUAGCAUUGGGAAGGUUGAAAAUCACUAUGCUAAGGACAACAGGAGAAGUGUGCUUUAAAUUUUCCUUAGAGCUCUUGGGAAGAUGAGAAAUCCCAGUGAGGAAAUUAUGGAGUAUCUAGAAAGCAGAAUGUUAAUCCAACAUUGAAGACAUGGUAGAUGUUGGGACAUUUGCUACCUCUAUACCCAAGAGCUUUGGGGUCCUAUGAGAGCAGAAAAGGCACCAACCAGAAGGAGCUAACAUAUAGUAAACCAGAGCCUUUCACCUUCUACAAAAAUGACAGCUCAACAAAUAUCCACUUGCCAAUAAAGAGGAGGAAAGUUAUUCUUCUCAUCCUGAGUUUGACAUCCCAAAGAAUUCAUUCUUUAUAGUUCCCAUCAUGUGAUUCAGGCUUCAGAUUUGUACCUUUUUCACAGUUGAUUAGAACCCAAGAUGAGAAAGUGCCUUAAACAUUAGAAGUGGUCUGGAAUCUUAGAGAAACACAAGUUCUCCCUAACAAAGCACACCCUCAAGUCGGAAUCAUGAGGUCUGACUCCAUUGUCCCACAACUGGACCUAGACCCACAGUCCAACACUGAAGAAGACAUCACAAGUAAGGCAAGAGGAGAAGACAUGGUGGAGACACCAUGGACUCAGCUUUAAUAUUUAAAGACAUAAUUUGCCAAUCACUGUAUUUUAAAGACAUAUUUUAUGAACAAUCAAACCGACCUUUUGGAAACAGAAAGGCAAUCAUUAAAAUUAAAACUAUGAAUAAAUGGAAAUUUUGAAGAGACUAUAAAUUAAAUAAGUUAUAUAGAAUGGUGUACUGAUAGAUGUUAACUAUCUAUAGGGGGAACAAUUAUACAAGAGUUAGUGUCUGCAAUCCCGCCAUGAGUGAUUUAUAGUUACCAAGGCAACAGUAGUUAUCACAGUUCUUCUGGGGGGUGGGGAUUGUGGAAUAAACAAAAUCCUACAUGAGGAUUUUGGGAGUGAGUGAAAGAAGAAAGAGAAAAAGCAGGCGAUAGAUAGAUAGAUAGAUAGAUAGAUAGAUAGAUAGAUAGAUAGAUGGAUGAAGAAGAUAGGUAGACAGAUCCAUCAAUAGAUAGAUAGGUGGUACUCCAGUGCAAUAUACUUGAGCAAACUACUCAAAUGCAAUAUAAAAUAUAAAUAUACAAAGAUACAAGAAAUAUGUAUGAGACAUAAAGGAUAGGAAGGGAAGGCCUAGUAUCUAGUAUUUUUUUUUUUUUUUUGGUUCUUUUUUUCGGAGCUGGUGACCGAACCCAGGGCCUUGCGCUUCCUAGGCAAGCACUCUACCACUGAGCUAAAUCACCAACCCCGUAUCUAGUAUUUUUUUAAUCAUUAUUUAAACCAUCAGAAGAAAAUGAGAACAUAGCAAUUUUUCCAGAACAGACUAUAUUUGUGAAUAGUAAAACUCUAGGAGCAUAUAAAUUAAAAACACAUCAUAUGAAAGCACCCUGCCCUCUCUUAUCCCCACCUUCUGUCCACUUCCUACUUCCUAGAAGCCCUUCUCCCAUCUAUGCAUCCUAUUGUUUUGUAGGGUGAGCUGCUGAGUUUAGCCAGAGCUCUCUGUGUAUCCAUGGGUGUGGAACUGUUCAGUGGAGCCUGAUGGGCUCAAUAGCAGGUAUACAAACUUAGGACAACUACUCACCCUCUCCCAGCAUCCAUCAACAGCCAAUAACUUCCCAUGAUCCAACCAUGAGCACUCUUCCAAUCCAUGGCUGACUACCCAUCAGCUCUAUCAUGUGUAGGCCCCGUACAAGCCACUAACUGUAGCUACUGUGGAUUCAUGAUUACACUGUCUACAUUAGGUUCAGAAGAUGACCUUUCAUAGUCCUUCUCUCUAUCACUGAAUUCUUUAGUUCCUUCCACCCCCUCCUUCCUUGAUGUUCCCUGAGUCUCAGAAGAUAGUGAAGUUAAUUUCUUGUUUUGUUUUUGUGUUUAAACAUCUGGGUCUUGCUGUGUAGGCCAGACUGGCAGUCUGGUGGCAGUCAUCCUCCCUCUACCUCCUGGUUGCUUGGAAUACAGAUGUUUGCCACCAUACCCACAUUGGUACUGGUUUAUGGUUGUAAAAAUGUUUACCUAAAAACACUGAAAGUUCAGGGUCCUUAUUCCUCCCUGGGCCUAUACUAGUAUCUUUCUGUUUUCUACUGGGAGGACUAUGUACUCACUGUGACUCACAGGAAAAGAUAAGGUUAUUUUAUCUUAGUCUCUAAUAAAAGAAACCAGCAGUCCUUGGAGAUAUUCCAGGAGUGGAGUUGAGGAGUACAAGACGGGUCUGGACUAUCUCAGAGUACUGGAAAAUAAGGAAGUGCUCAAACAUUUAUAGGAGGACAUGUGAAAAGGAUACUGGAGUCAAACAUGAAGGAGGAUCCUAGUGACUAGAGCUGGGGUGACGUUAUUAGCAAGGUUGCCAUCACUGUGGAUUAUGAGCCAGCAGCUGUAAACAGAAGUAGCCAUACACCAGCUGACAACAGAAUAGUAGAAGGAAAAGCUCCUAGUCACCAAAGGUAAUCCACUUCAUAAACUUAGAGAAAUUUAAGAAUUGUCAUUUGCAACAUUUCACAGUUAUUAAAUUUCACAGUGAGUAUUAAAAUGAGGAGGUGAAAGUCGAAUAAGAAACGGAAUAUUCACACUCCCAAAAUACGACCCAUAAAAUAAGUUUCGAAGAGAGACAGAAUAGAAACUUGGCAGGGGAUAAAACUUGGAAGGCACCAUCUUAACCAAAUCACCAAAGUCCCUGAUAGUGGCAGGACAGAUAGACACCACAGGUUUCCCGACAGCACAGAGAAUGACACACCAUCUAUGUGAUUUAUUUUCUCAACAACAAAAAUACAAUUACAUAAGUUGACAUUAGUACUAACUAAAUCCAACCAAGGGGCACUGUACAAAACAGAUGAUCAGUCCUCUUCGAAGCCUAGUGUGAGUGUGAUGAACAGACACUGAGGAAGAACACAAACUAAACAGGUAUAGCAUGCGUGGACAUCCAGAACCGGAUUCCGAGUGAAGGUCAGUCAGGACAUCAGUCUCGUGAGCAUGGUAGGGAGUUCUACAAGAUGCUCACAUUUGAAAAGAUGCACAGAAACUCUGUGUUGAUUUUGGAGACCAUAGAUAGAACUGAAGUACUCCAAAAUGUAUGUUUGCUCUCUUGCUUGUUUACAAAACAAGGUUACCACACUUCCCCACAGCCUCUCCAUCAUCCUGUCAGGAAGGCCAGUUGUUGACUUACUACCUCUCCAGAUCUGCCCAGAGACCUCAGCGCGUGGCUUCCACACACAGCCAAGUUAAGAGGAAGGAAACCAUUGAGUUUCAGUUUGAAACACAAGGUUCCUACUGUGUUGAAUGAGUGGGGCAGAGGCUAUUAAAAGGCCAUCUUUUUCUCCCUCCCACUCCUCUCCUCCCUCAGCUUUCUGCUCACAUCCCAGACUGCUUUUAAUCUCAUUGGGAGGGUGUAUAGGGAGAAAGAAAGAAAAAAUGAUAAUGAAUUGCUGUGUUCCUUGGCACGUGGAUAACAGUUCCCUUCCAGGGAUUCAGGAAUACAAAUGAGGUGUUUUAAAUCUUGCAAACUUGUGCGUGCGUGCGUGUGUGUGUGUGUGUGUGUGUGUGUGUGUGUGUGUGUGUGUGUUGUGUUUCCUCAGGAAAAAUAUCUUACACAACACUAGGAUAACUAAAGUAUUUUGACAUGUGACAUAGAAUUCUUCCCACAGAUCUUUCUGCCAGACCAGAGACACCCUUCAGGUGCUAUGUGCUUAAAACUGAAUUUAUUCUGUAGAUCAGGUCGGCCUCAAACUCAGAGAUUUCCCCUGCCUCUGCCUCCUGAGUGCUUGGAUUAAAGGCAGCUCUACUUUUCAUCUGUUGCCUUUCCUACCCCUUACCCACCAGCACAUCCAUCCUAACGUGCUCUUCCUACUAAGGGGAGUAAGUGGAUAGGGUAUCACUUGAAAUAGGAGGCUACACUUACUACCACAUUCAGAGAGUCCUAGCACGGGUGAUUUGUUUCUGCAUUUGCACCAACUACAGGGACUCUCGGAAGUGAAAGUGGGACAUUUCCUUGAGCCAGACUCAUGUCACCCAGGGGUUCAUAUGAGCAUCUCUGCCAGUUGUAAGUUCUUGAACUCCAUCCUUUUCGUUGGUAGUUAUUUGCUGCUCAGAGUCCCAGAGAGCCACACCCUGGGGCUGGCGUCUAACAAUCUCCCACCCCCUUGCCGAGCCACUUUAGAAAGAGUGUGAACACCACCCUGUCUGUCAGAGCUGGUGCUUUACCACCUCCAUCUAAGGACUGCAUUCCAUGUACAAAUACAUUCAUUGAGCUCUCUCGCCACAUUGCAGCAUCACAGAGUAACUGACUAGUAAAAACAGGAAGAGGUAAAGAUGUAAACUGCCACUUUAGAAGGACGAUACCAAUUUUUAAAAAUCUAUUAACAUAAAAGAAAUGAUUAUUCCUGAAUGAAAUGUUUAGAAGCCAGUGAGAAGGGGGGAAAAGAGCCAAGCCGUUUUGUUUUGUUUUGUUUUGUUUUGUUUUGUUUUGUUUGUCCACAGCUGGGUGAAUGAGGAAAUGCUUUUUGUAGCAAACUCUGACUGCCAAGAUGUGUUCAGCAUUAUCCAAGCUAUCUCACAGGAUGUGACUGGGUUUAGCUGUGUCACAACAGCUCUGCGUUCUUAUUCUGGCCAAAUGUCUGUGCAAUUCUCAGGCAGCUCCCUCCCGCCACCAGAAAGCAGCAGUGGCAACAACCCCCAAGACCACACCUGCCCUAGGCAGCCGGAAUGUUGGCUGGAAGCCUGUCUCCAUCCAGCCUUGCUUUUACCAGGGAGUCGCUCUCACUUUGAUUCAUGGUUUCUCACAAACAGCUCAAGACUGCCUUUGUAAGAUAACACAAGUCUUAGGAGUGAGAAUGGAAUCGAACCAUCUGUAGCUCUUUCUUUGAUAUAAAAAAUAAAUAAGAAUUUCCACACUCAUAUCCUCGUUGGGUCCCCCAUCCCAACCCAACGCCAGCACAUACUGCAGAAACGGUGAAUGAGACCCCAGAUAGAGCAGUGGGGAGUUGAUCUCAGGGCUCAUGAUUCACUGCCUACCUCUUUCAUCCAGUGUAUUUUCUAGACAACCCUGGCCUCCUGUCACUCCCAUUAAUCACAGGGCCCAAGCAGAGUCCAGCAGGGUGCCCCUCUUAUGACUCAGACAGGGUCUGGGGCAUCACAAGAUUCCCAUUAAAAGUGAGAUGGGGGUCUUGACUUCUCAUUCAUUCCCACAAUGCACUUCAUCAGCAUCCAGCUACACGCUCCUUCUGUGAGCAACUGGCGCUGCUGGGUGUUGAUGUUGGUUUUGGCUCGCUGCCUCCCAGAGCAGCCAGCCAUUGUGUAAGCAAGUCUGUCUGAAUUGCUCUGGGGCUAACUGCCUUCUUAGAAGGCCUCUUGCCGUUCAUUAUUUAGCCAGCAAGUCAUUGCUAUUAUUAGCUUUGAAUUCCUUAGUCUACACUUUCUGCUCACUGAGAUACUGAAGUGUGGAUAAUCAUCACCCAACCAAUUGUUAAAUGCCUCCCCCAGCCCUUUCUAUUAUUUGCGUUCAAAUUAUUUGAUGUUCAAAACCAGUAAAACACUCAGGAGCUUACGAUUUGGAAUAUGGGGGGUUAGUAACUAAACUCCUUCUCGUGCUCUUUCAGAAACUUCUCAUGUAUGCGCCAUCUUACUUUGUAGGCACGAUAUGGUCUAUUCAGAAAAAUGAAAAGAGAAAAGAAUGAACAGCAUUAGGUAGUUCUUGGCAGUCGGUCAAAGCCAGCAUUGUGGGGAAGGUCUUUGUAUGAGCAGCAACUGUGCAUUUCUCAUGACCAGGGAGAGCUAUUUGCACAGUCUUUCACGGAAAUAUUUCUAGACAGUUUCUGUGGCUCUCCUCCCUGAGCUCAUGCAUUUGCUUCUGCUUCAGAGCAAGGAUAUUUAAUGAGCCUAGUUUUAUAGCCCAACUUGCGCCCUGUACAUACUACAGGACCAGAUUCCUGCCGCAUGUAACCUUUGCCCUAUUUGCCAUUAAAGCACAAGGCUUUCCUAUAACCAACUUUAUACUGUGACUGGGGAUGAGGUGGGGGUAGGGGGUAGGGGGAAUGCAACUAAUUCUGCAGUCCACCCUUCAGCCCAUAGAAAUGAAUGUUUUAAAAAUGUUGUUACUUUAUACUUUUAAAACUAGGGCACACAUUAACAUUACGACAGCCAGCCCCCUUCUUUUAGUAAGGUGUUUAUUUCAUAUUUCGUCCUUUGACCUAGACCAAAAAGAUCACAUGCGUCAGAGCAAACAACUCAUUUGGCCUCACUUCUAGUCCAGGGAGGCAUGUUCAAAGAUAAACCCCAAAUUACUUCAGAAAUAGAAACUUAACGAAAAAAAAAAUGAGAGACAUCAUUUUCUGUCUCCAGUCUUACUAAUAAUUUUCAGCCCUGGAAAAUCCUCUGUGUUUUCCUUUUAAGACAUAGGGUCCUGGGGUUGGGGAUUUAGCUCAGUGGUAGAGCUCUUGCCUAGCAAGCACAAGGCCCUGGGUUUGGUCCCCAGCUCCAAAAAAAAGAAAAGGAAAAAAAAAAAAGACAUAGGGCCCUGCAUAUUCUCAUACGAAGUAGGUAAACAAACAAAGAAAAAUUUGCCUUAUUUUUCCUGUGGGUUCUGCUUUUGGUGUUCCAUCAGUUUUUCUUGCUAUCUGCUAAACAUUUAAACUCUCCCUUUCAUUUGAGCUGUAGAGCCCCAAACAGGAAGCAGGGACCCCUGGCAGGGUCUGGGCAGGAGAACAAAUGAGCCAUUGUCCAGAAGAAACACCUCCCUCUUGGCCCUGCAAUCCCCUGGCCUCUGCCUUUUUAACUAUGCAUUUAAGGUAGUCUGUAGUUCCUCAGACACCUGGCUCUUUUUCUGCCCUACUUAUUUCAGCCAAUCUGUCCUCAUCUCAUAAUCCUGUUUACUUUCUCUUCUUAAGGACAAGGAGGGUACUCUUUAAAACAGAGUGAAGUAAGUUCAGGGCAAAUGAAAGGAAAUGUACUUCAUACGGGCAGGUUAUAAACUUGCGGAACUCAUUAGUUUCAAAAGGUGGGACUGGCAGGAAGCGUAAAGGAAUUCAAAAACAUUUUAGCCAGAUUUAUGAAAAAGAGCCAUAAAUGGCUACUAAGAAUACCAGGGCUGUGACCAGCUUUUACAACUGAAAUCCCACAGCUGCCUCAAGUGCUCCCGUGGUCAUCUCUGGAGACCUACUGGAACGGCUGGACUCAGAUGCAGCUCGCAGCGGGGUUUCCAAAGCACCCUGUGUCUCCUUAGCACUUGUUCUCAGUCUCACUGGAUCUUAGCGAAACAACCACUCUACCCAUACGUGUACACACACACACACACACACACACACACACACACACACACACACACACACACACACACACACACACACACACACACACACGGAA